UGUGAAUGAAGUCUUGUUGAACAUUUUGCAUUUAUUGCAUGUAUUUAUUCAUGUUUUUAUUAUUUUACACCGUUUGUUUAAUAAGUGACGGAGUGGGAAAAGGACGUGAUUAUAUACUGGAGAAGUUCAAAGUAUAUCUAACUAACAUUUAAUACUUUCUUGCCAGGUAGUCAGUUCGCAUAACAGGAUUAAAACGUAAAAGGUUUGUCCACAAUGAUAACUCGACAUGCGUUCAUUGUCCUGAUGCUAGUACCGAUGUCGCAGGUUUUGGCUCAGGGAGAUAUUAAAUCAGCAUGCCGUCCGGAAGCAGACGUCAUUUUUCUCAUGGACGGUUCGGACAGCAUCGCGGAGUUGGAGUUCUCGCAGCAACGAAACUUCAUUCGCCGGUUCGUCGAGACGACCGAUGUGGCGCCCGAUGCGGUCCGUGUUGGGGUGGCGGUGGUGAGCAGUCGGGUGGGCGACGUGCUCAACCUCAACCUUAACAUGACGCGGGUAGAGCUACUGGACGCAUUGCAGACGCUUGAUCAGCCGCAGGAGGGCUCCCGCACGGACCUCGGCUUGAUCGAGAUGGAACAAUUGUUCAGCGCACACGGGCGCCGUGGUGUCCUGCGUAUCGGUGUUUUACUGACGGACGGACGGGCGAAGUUCGAGCGGGCGGCGGAAGCGGAAGCCCAGGUCGUCAAGGACGCCGGCGUCUUUCUGGUCGCCAUAGGCGUCGGACGUCUCAUAAAGACAACGGAGCUAGAGAAGCUCGCCUCCACGCAGGGUAACGCGUACAACCUGGAGCCCCUGGAGCUCUCCACGCGCCUCCUGCUCGAAACCGUCUCCUUCCUGGGCCAAGAGGCAUGCGCAGGACAUCGCCUUCUUGACCUCAAGAACGCCGAGGCGGUGAUGGCGACCGGCUCCCAGCUUUCGUCAUUCGGUACGCCGCCAUUGUCUGGUAACCAGAUGGCUGUCUUGUCAAUGGUAACUUCUGCCCCGAUUACGGAAAAAAGCUUGUUGCGCCGUUUUUCAGCGACUGUUACGCCAAUAGCAAUACCGGAUGUUGUGCAAGCGAUGUCGCUUGCGGCAGAAUCGCGGUCUUUACUCGCGACAAAUGAAAUUGGGCAGCUGUCAGUUCCGUCAAAAGUAAUCAAAGACGCUGUUAUUCUGACGUCUAAAGUUAAGACACCGGAAAGUACAAACGACAUGUUGACAUCAAUAAAUAAGCUUUUCAUACCGGAAAUGGGCAUCGGAUCACAGCUAGGUAUCAGGAUUCCGGCCCAGACUGUACAAGACACAAUGGCGUUUCUGCAAUCCCAGUCUAAAAUUGAGCCGACUAGAACAUCUAACAUCCAGGAACAAUCACGGUAUACGAUUCCUUUAGUACCAGGACUCGGACUCCAUAGGUUCGGCAUUCAGUCUGGACCAGGGCUAACCUCAAAGGUCAUAACAGCGGAAAUACUUGACGUGAACUCAACAUGGCGUAGCCCCGGCCCGAUGUCUCGUUCAAAAUCGAAGGAGGCCGGCAUGAUUGUUUGGAACGACGGCUCACUGGAUAUCCCGACAACACCACUGACGACGACCAUCAGCGCAACACGAAAAACCACAGCAACAACAACUACCACGUCGGCUCUUGAGGCCGCGUCAUGGCUCAGAAAUCCGGGAACAAUAACAUUUGACGACCUUGCUGUAACAGAUCAGUGUUCCAAAGGUCACUUUAUCGACGGCGUUGCAUACACGUUCAUGCCAAACAGUUGUACGGAGUUCCUUCAGUGCUUCCACGACAAUGGCCAAGUGAAGGCGACAAGAAUAUCAUGCCCAUUCGAGACUUUCUUUGACGAAGAAAAUACAGUGUGCAAGCAUCACGAUCAGAGGUCAUGUUGGAGAGACCCAUGCAACGAUUUCAGCGUCACUUCAUAUGCACAUGCGCGUGCAUGUCGUGCAUACUGGCGCUGCGAGCAGGGCAUGUCCGUGCCAACUUGUUGUCCCCCGGGCACAUCCUACUCCUCAAGAUUAGGGUGCACGCGGAACGCUUCGUGUGCAGACACGUGCAUGGACUUCGGUUCGCUGCACCAGGUGACGUCAUCACUUACGUGCAAGCUGGUUGCCAUGCAGGAAAAAGAGCACUUCUACUUCGAGCAUGUGAGCGGGAUGGGCUGGAUGAUCCGCAGGUGCCCGCUGGGCUCCACCUUCCACCAGGGAAUGUGCACGUGCAAGGCAGCCAACGAGCAGUACAACGAGAAGUGUAAGCCCGAGUUCUACCUGGAUUUCAACGGCGACAUCGCGGAUCGCUCCGGAAACAACAUCUACAUGGGCAACACAAAUGUCCUGCUUGACGGCAACACAGGGGCGUUCAACGGCGGGGCCACACUCACUGUCUGGAGAUUUUCCGGAAUGUCAUUUGGGCAACAACUGACCAUCAGUUUCCGGUUCCGCUUAUCGGUGACCGCUCGGACGGGGAAGCUAAUGCAUAUUGUGUCCAACUGCUGCCUGCAGUGCCAGGGGGAGCCGAAGCCCAGCCUUGAUAUUGCGCUGAUUCCAGGGGAAAAGGGCGGCAUCGCAGUUUUCAGCAUUACCACCGCCGAGGCCGGCGAGAUAUUCCUCUUCGUACCAUAUCAAGAUACAGUGACGGGCUGGAACAAGCUGGAGUACCGGUAUGACGGACGGGAGAUGAGCGGGACUGUCAACAAGGACUCCGCCUCCAGGAGUAUUAUAGGAAGCGUGCUGCCGAAGACCGAUGCGCUUCUCAUUGGUUCGUGCGGACCUACGGGCGCAUUCGAUGGGUUCCUAGACGAGUUCAAGUUUUACAUGUGCAACCCGGAAUGAGGACGAGUGGAGAUUGUGUUUGGAGUUGAAGAGCAAGUGCCAUAUAGCAUAUCAAGAGAUUUUUAUCCCCCGCCAUAGGCGGAGGGAUAUUGUUUUGGUGUUGUCCGUCCUUUCGUCCGUCUGUCUUUCCGUCCUUCCGUCUGGCACUUUUGUGUCCGGAGCCAUAUCUUGGAAGUGCUUGGCGGAUUUCAUUGAAACUUGGUAUGAGUAUAUAUAAGGAUAAGAGGAUGAUGCACGCCAAAUGGAAUUGUACACCAUAUGUUAAUAACGGAGUUAAGGCCCUUUGUAUCUUGAAUAAAAUGCUUUUUUGUGUCCGGAGCCAUAUCUUGGAAGUGCUUUGGCGAAUUUCAUUGAAACUUGGUAUGAGUAUACAUGCAUAUAUGGAUAAUAGAAUGAUGCACGCCAAAUGGCAUUGUACACCAUUGGAUAAUAACGGAGUUAUGGCCCUUUGUAUCUUGAGAAAAUGCUUUUUUGUGUCCUGAGCCAUAUCUAGGAAGGGCUUUGGCGGAUUUCAUUAAUACUUGGUAUGAGUAUAUAAAUGGAUAAGAGGAUGAUGUUGGCGUUGUCCAUCCGUCCAGAAAUAUUUGUGUCCAGAAGUAUUUUGGCGGGGGAAUAUCAAUUCAACGAAUUUGCUUGUUUAUAUAUCUUUUUCUCUUCAUUAUCAUGAAUGUAUACAAUAAACUGGUAUCUCAUAUUUUACCCAUUCAAAAUGA